AUGACGUCGUUCUUCGCAAAGGCAAGAGAGCGUGCUGAAGCGGCUGCUCAGCAACUGCAGGCGCACCACGCCGCCUCUUCCGCCGGCCAAGCAGGCGACGCCUCUGUUUCAAGCGAUGCCGCCAAUCCCUCGGGCUCCACUAGCGGCUCCGGCUUCACCUACAAGGGCUCCAUGCCUCAUCUCUUCCGCCAAGGUCUCGCCUCGGUCGACCCUCGUUACGAGUCUACGCGUCAGUUCCACCUGCUCAGCCAGGCCAUCAAGGGCUUCAACAUCGAUCACGAAGCAGCGGGUCGCGAAGCCAAGAGCCUCGCCAAGGCCACUUUCGUGUGGGGACAGCAUCACCUCCCCGAGAAGCGGGACGACAGCGGUGGAGACGAGAUGCUGGUUGACGUCGCUGACCGUCUCGCGUACGUCUGGCACGAGAUCGGCCAGCUCGAAACGGCUCACGGCCAGCGAUCCGAACAAGCACGCAGCCGCCUCAAGCGCUUUGAAAAGGCCGAGAUGGAGCUUGGACAACGAAGAGCGAAUCGCAGCAAACUCAAGAAGGAGCUCCAUGCUCUCAUGCCCGAGCGCGCUAUCGCAGCAGGAAGCGCGCGCAUUCAAGAGGCAGAGGCUCGCCUGCGUGACCUGAUCAGCGAUGACCAAGCCGACGAAGAAUACCUCAGCCGCGUCAAGCGCGAGAGCGUCCAGGAUGGAUACGCUGCCAUGUUUGACAGUCUCAUCGAGCUCGGCGAGAAGAUGGCUCUCGUUGCACGAUACGGCAAGUUGCUUACCACUACCAUCUCCACCGAGAAAUCGCCCUUCCCUGCCACCGUCAAGCCAAGAGGGGAGAGCAUCCCGCUCUGGGAGGGCGCAUCCAAAACCGCCGAGGUGCGUGCGGCUCUCGCCUCGGCGCUCUCGACCUUCAAACCUGAUCUGUCCCUUCCCGAUCUACCGGCGGAAUCGGCGCUUUCGGCCACCACAAGCCUGGGCCGCGCCGACACGGUAUCGUACGCCGUCUCGCACAAGUCAGAGCUUCAGGAUGAACAGGUGCCAAGCGCUACUCCUAUCUCGCAACGAAGACCUAGCAUUUCGUCUGAGCGGAGCGACCUCCUUCAGCCAGGUACAGCAGCGACGCAGACCAGCAGCAGUGGAUCGAGUCAGAAGCUCAAUCUCAGUCCCACCGCCUUGCCCGCUCCGCUGCUUCCGCCACGUCCACAGCGCAGCCCCUCGGCCACCACUGUCGACACGCUGCGUUCGCCGACCACCAACCCUUUCGCUGAUCCGGCUGCAUUGCCGGCAGUCGCUGGUGGCUCUGCUGCGCAAGACGAGGAGCCCCUCUCGCCUCCCGGCCCUCCUGGUCCUACGGUGGCGGAGACGGGCGUCGUUCCGACAGGACCCGGUGGACCCAAGUCAGGCACACUCCGACCGCGUCGGUCGUCGGCGAGUCAACGAUCAGCCUCCAUCUCUGCCGGCGCUGUGGCUUAUCUGGGCCCCACAGGCACCUACAGCCACCAAGCGGCUCUCAAGGUGUUCGGCGAAGCUGGCACCAAUCUGAUCCCGAUGCAGAGCAUCACUGGUGCCAUUGACUUUGUUCGCCGAGGCACUCCAGGCAACGCCAAGAUCGCAAUUGUGCCUGUGGAGAACAGCACUUUUGGGCCGGUCCGCGAGACCUUCGACAAAUUUCUGGGCAUCAGCAACGGCGAUCGCCAUGCGUUCAAGCCUGCAGAUGGCGCACAGCUGCACAUCGUCGGGGAAGCUUGCCUGUCGGUCGAUCACGCCCUGCUUUGUGGACCAAAGACCUACCAUCACUUGCUGCAGCUGCAAGGCGACACGGAUCCCAACGCAUCGAUCCGCGACGACACGCUCUCGAACAUCACCAAUGUCAUCUCACACGAGCAAGCGCUGGGUCAAUGCUCACACUACCUCACUCGCUACUUGCCGCAGGCCAAGAAGAAGGCGGUGGAAUCCACAGCCGCGGCUGCUGUUACGGCGCUUGAGUUCGAGGCUGGCACUGCGCCCGGCAGGUCGUCGGCCUCCGUCGACCACGCACACGAGUCGCUGGGCUUCUCAUCCAACUCGCUUGUAGCGGCGGUAGGGGCUGAGGCAGCUGUCACUACCAUUGGCGUCCGUGUGCUGCGCUCCAAGAUUCAGGAUGUCAAGGACAACCGAACUCGAUUCCUCAUCUUGGCAAGCGAGCCUCUUGAAGGCUUGCUGGCUGUCAACGCUCUGCCUCCGUCGAUCACGCAACUCUACAGCCUGCCAUCGCCAGCAGGUAAGACGGGUAGGUCGCUGCUGAGCGUCAGUGAUGCUUUGACCUCUGAUCUGACUGCCGAGGCAGGCAGCUACAGCGGGCAAGCGAGCACGCUGGACCGAGUGGUGUCGCAGCUUCAGCGGCUGGAGGCUGUCUCUAUGCGCAAGAUGGAUCGCCGGCCGGCAUCCAUGGUGGACGCGCCCGUUGCGGGGAGCAGCGUCUGGCGAAGCAACUACUUGAUCGAGUUGCAAUACCCAGCCGACCACGCUUCUGUCGCCGAAGGCAGCAUCCGUCAGGUUGUCGCUGAGCUGUCCUCCGGCCCCAUUGCGACGUCCUCUGUCGGAAGCUCGGCACCGGUGUCUUACCUGGGCAGCUGGCUCGUCGAUGCCACGACAUUGAGCGGUGGAGCAGCUUCGAGUGUCGCAGCUGGUAAAGCGACUCAAGUGCUCCCUGCAUCGGGUUCCGGGCUGCCUACGACGACACUGCCCGCGUCGUUCAACCUGAGCGAAAGGGAGCCAAAAGAGUUGGAAGCGCAGCGGGAGGCCGCCGAGGUGCAGAGGCACGCGGAGCAAGCACGUCUCAGCCGCCAACAGCAGCAAGCGGAGUUGUACGGAGUUGAAGCACAGCCGUCUGCAUCUGUGGCCGGCGGAAGUGGAACGCAGCGAUUGUCUGGCUUGCAGGAGGUGGAAGGCGAGCAACGAUUGACCGAAGAAGAAGGACUGCCUGCGUAUCAGCCGCUGGACCCGCGUUCCUGA